AUGGCUCAAGCAAGUUGGGAGGGCUGGAUCGUCCACAAGUACGUAAUAGGCCUACCUGGGGGUACCGCCGUCAAGAUUACCCUUACCCCUACAAGCACGACUGGACCACCAGAGAGACCUUCUAGUCUGCAGAACGGCUACGCGAUCGUCAGUCUCUAUGAUCUCGGCAUCGCGGUAGCCAAAGAGAAUAAAUUUUACACCGCCAAUUGUGACAUUGUGGUCGUGGGCGUCAAGACUGGGAAUAUAAAGGUUGAGGAGCGGACAGAGGAGCGGACAGAGGAGCAGCAGGGUGCCCUCUUGGAAGAUGGUCUGACACUGGUAGAUGGUCCGUUGAAUUUGACAGAUCUAUCAAUUCCUGCAAACCACGAUUUAGCUGCGCUGCCCGUAGGCCCUCGUUCGUAUUCGAAGGGGAAUUUCAAAAUCGAGUAUGAGUAUGACGGGGCGAGGAUUUCCCCUACAGAUAUCUUCACCGCAUGCCUAGACGGGUUUGCGACUAGUGCGCCGCACCCAAGCACAGACGUCGCCGCGGCUGUCAGUGCGCGAAGCCUCUCGAAUGAUUGCGCGAUCAAUAUGCGCGGGGUGGGCUUACCUUCGAGAUUUACUUGGGAUCAUGUCAUAAGGACGUUCAGUAUAUUGUUUGUCAAUAUCAUGCUUGGACUGAGAGCUUUUGGUGAGAUGAGGUUUUCCAUCUUUCUCGACAGCGCGCAGAUUGGUACGGGAUUCGUCCUCAAGCCGCAAAGGUUGGCGCAGAAUGGCACAGAGAAAUAA